AUGCCUCUGCGUUGGUGGCCUUACAAGCGGGUCUUCUUUCGCUGUCCGGACACCCACACGGAGUUUGACAUUGUUGGCCACAAUGGGGCCUUUCACGUCUUGAAAAGGCUCUCCCUCCAGUUGUGCAGUUCCGGACGGAAGCUUCGGUGGGGAUCAUUGUGGGCCGACACUACGCCCAUGCUGCAGUACAACCUGCCGCACAAAACCUACGGGGCAUCAGACCUCAUGAGCGACAAAGCCAGUGCACACCGUUUGUGCCCACCAUACCUGGAAAGGUCGGCUUUCCUUCUCGGGCAGCACAUGCUGUCGUUGGUCGCAGCACUCAUCUGCAGUUGCACCACGGCCAGCAAGGCCUUUUCAAAAUACGAACACGCCCUCAAUGCUUUGACAGCCUUUUACAUGUUGUGUAUCCACAUCGCCCAGAACAAGGACUGCCAUCGACAAGACUGGCAGCGUUGGACCCUCAGCCUCACGACCUUGCGGAACACCUUGGCUCUCACCGGCUUCGCCGUGCAUGCUUCCAUGACGGAGGUCGAACCCUGCAACGUCCAGGAGAUCAACAUCGAGCGCUUCUUCAGCGCGAUAAAGGCACCCUUCCGAGGCUCUGCCAGCAUCCGAGACAUGAUUCAGGGAGAAGCGCAGCAUCACCUCUCCCAAAUCCGACAGCUUGAUCGUCUCGCAGACAGCGCUAGAGGAGUCCCUGAACAUGUGAGCCCGCAGAGUCGUGACCCCAUGACCAUGGAGCAGUUGCAGCAGUGCUCCAAGGAAGCACUGGCGGCCUCUCUUCAAGUGAUGGCUUGGGCUACGGUGGACGGCUCCUGUGAUGAUCUCUGGUAUGCCACGAACCACUGGUUCAACGAACAUGCUGCGUCGGUUUUUCAGAGCUCCGUGGACUUGGAGCAGGAUGACAACGACUUCGACAUCCACGACGAGGAGCUGGCAGAUGCCGAGUUAGACGGUGAGCAGCCCGAUGAUGCUUCGGCGACGGCACGCCUGGGCCUGCUCCAGAGGGAUGAGCCAGAGCAGGACGAGACUGAGGAGCCCACAAUCGAGCCAGGACCGCGGAACUUGCCCGAGCAGCUCAUCGAAGAAGGAUUUGAUCCCAAGGUGCAGCCGAAAACCCUCAUCGACAUCCUGAAGCAGACCAUCAACAACCCGAAGCACAAAGACAAGGCCGUCUGGAAUCUCGGAGAGGAGGGGUCCCUCGGGGACCGGGCUUGCCUCAUGAGGGUGCAGAUGCUGCAAAAGGCCCUCCGCCACUGCAUCAAAUACACCCGCAUGGAAGAAAACCUCCUUUCCUGUGCCAUGAUCGAGCGCGGAGUGGCUAACAGCAGGAGCCCCUGGAACCAGCGAGAGUACUUGUUGCACAUGGCCAGGCGAAACGCCAACCUGGCGAAGACAAGGCUGUCACGUCUCCAAAUGUGGAGUUCCGCCCAGGACAUCGUCUUGCAGAAGGUUGCCGAGGUGGGCCACAACGAGGGGCUGCUCAAAGUGAAAGCCUUCCGCCCAUGCUCCAAAGAGUGCGAUGCCCAGAUCCUCGCACUCCGCAUCGAGGACACGGUGCAGCUUGCGAUCACUCUGGCAGUCUUCAGGGGAGCCGUGGUGCGCAACCCAAAGAAGCCAGAGGCCACCAGGAUCCGGACGAGCAAGCCAAUCCCGGUCCCACUGCAGGCGGAGUAUGCAAAGCUCUUGCAUUGUGUACGCUUGGAACACGACGACAGCCGAGACGAGUACACUUGCAGCUGCAUCAGCGACGUGCUCAUGGUGACGCCCGUCAACACGAUCAUCGGAGAGGUGCAUGGCCAGGUGUCGUGCAGCUCGUUGAGGCUGCACUUCAAGCUCUCCGAUGCUAGCAAGGCGGCCUUGGCAAUGCUCCCGAACAUCGACAUCCCGACAUUGCGGGAGAACUCAGGGGCCCAGGCGAGCGAGGACCGCGCAGAUGUAGGCCUCGACCAGUCUGCAAUGGUAUCCUUCAACGACAGAAGCUUCAGCCGGACAUCCUUGGACGCCAAUUGCAAGCUUUUCCUGGAGAGAGUCCUCCGAGAGUACAGAAGCAAAGGCACCCCUGUGGAGGUGCCGUCCUACUUCCUCCAGCUGCUCCGCGACAGCAAGGGAUUCAGGUUCAGCUCGUCCGUCUUCAACCACCUGAAGGUGCUGCUCCCGGACAGGCGUCAACCAACGACCCGAAGGAUCGUGGAGUUUUUCACUGAUGUUUGGAAGAUCGCGCCAGCGGUUAG